UAAUUGGGGCACUUCAGUCAGGCUACGAUCUACGCAUAGCGUAUUGCAGUAUACGCAUAGUCUCUUCUCCUGGACGUGUCCAGGUGUCGCUUUGAGUGAAAGAUGAGAUGAACAGCGUCAUCUGGUCAAAGGAUUUUAUGUUUGUUUGUUUGUUUUGUCAAAUUGACUUUCCAGCCUUUUGGCUUUGUAGUUUUGCUUUUGGAAAAGGCCAUAAAAGAGGCGACAGGCCUUGGUCCUGAGACGAACCCAUGCUCAGUGUAUUUUGAAUUCAAAUCUAAACAAAAGAACGUGUUCAGGCUUUGCCAAUUUUUAUUUCUCCCAGCCUUGCAUUGGCGUAUGAUAUGGCCCAUUGCCGACGAAAUGUUGCAGAGUAUUUUGUCGUGGUUGGACUGAACGAGUCCUCUCAACGAUGCGAUGCCAAUGGCGAAAUUCAGGAGUCAGUGGGCGAUGGUCCGGAGCAGAUGGAUUUGCCAGUACUGGCCGAGCCUAUCACGGACAUUUCAGUAGUAUUUGCUGGCAGCGGCGAGCGACUGCCAUCUGACUAUCAGUGUAUAACCCAGACACCUGGGAAACACUCGGCCUGUCUGAACCAUGGGUCGUCGAACGCCUCCAAAGCAGUGUAUAUCUGCUACAAGCGAGGUCGUGACAAUGCUCCACUCACGGAUAUCGACAUCGCGUAUCGCUCACCCCAGCUUGUGGACUAUCAAGUGAUCACAUCAAGUGUGAUGUCACAUAAAUCAGCGGACAUCAAUCACUCACCGGCCUCAGCUGCCACGUACAUGGCAUAUCGGCGUGCGCCGCUCACCGGUGUAGGCAGUGGUUAUCAUUUCUACGGCAUGGCUCUGACCGAUCUCUGCCUGAUCAACGGCAGUAAGAAUGAGCCGGUGCCACGAGGUUUCACAAUGAUCAACAAAGCCAUCCAUGGUGGCUUGACUGGUCCGACUUUUUACUUAUGCUACAAGAAGUCACUCAUCAAGCCACAUGCUGUGUCUUAUCGGGCGACUAUUCUGCAUCGGUUUCCGCUGGUCGACUCCGAGGACUUUCCUCUGCCCGAGUCUGUGCCUCUGUUUUGUCUCCCACUCGGUGCCAGUGUGGAGAGCUGGAGUGACUCCGUGGCACAUCCGCUACCGACCUUCUCCUCGUUUGUGCUCACUGGUGCUAUUGGUGAGAAGGUAUACGGCGCGGCCGUUGUGUUCUACGAUGAGUUGCCCCUGUCCAAACAAACAUUGGCCAUGCGACGGGUGCUAUUCGGAACGGAAGCCGAAACAUCUACCCAGCGGUUGUUCUGUAACAAGGCUAUAUGCAUCCUGUCUCGCUGGCCGUUCUUCCAAGCGUUCAAAACCUACCUCUCCUCUCUGUACCGUAUCUCCAUAUCCGGACCAUCGCCCAUUCCACUGGAGAGAUACAUCUCUAAUUUCAUGAUUGACGUUCCGUUUCCAUCGUCAUCCCGACCCAGAGUACUGAUACAGCUUGGCCCUGAGUCAGUACUUUUAUCUCAGCCAGUCAAGACAGCACUGCCCCUGAGUGGUGCAACCCAUUCGAUUCUGUUACGAUGUCUUGAUGCCAACAACUUAAUGACAUUGCUGGCACUAGUCUUACUUGAGUACCAGAUCAUAUUACAUUCAGUACGGCCGUCGCUGCUCACGUCGUUUGGUGAGGCACUCUGCUCGAUCCUGUUCCCGUUCAGUUGGCAGUGUCCGUACAUACCGCUGUGCCCGUUGGCACUGGCCAGUUUCAUCCACGCACCAAUGCCCUUCCUUGUCGGUAUCGACUCUCGUUACUUUGACCUGUACGACACUCCUGAAGACUGUGUGUGCAUCAACUUGGACAACAAUACCAUAGCUCAUUCUGGUUCAUCUCGUUCCGUGUCCGGUCAAGUCUUGCCCAAGAAACCAGCACAGCAACUCAGCCGAACUCUGAAGCAGUUACAGACGCAAGUGCCCCUCAGCACAGACCUAGACAGUGAUCUAGCAGUGGCUGUGGUACCACCACCGUCCGAUACUCAGGCACCGGCCAAGUCUGAUUCGGCGUCGCUCAACUUGUCUAUCCGUGAGGCGUUCCUCCGGUUUCAUGCUCAGCUUCUGGGUGGAUACAGUGCAUUCCUGCGACCGCUGACCCGUGCUCCUUCCCAGGCGUCAACGGAUAUUUCACAACUCUUUGAUCUUCGAGGGUUUCUGAAGAGUCGGCCCAGCCAGGAGCACUCCUUCUUCACCAAGUUCUUCCAGACGCAGAUCUUCAGCAAUCUCAUCGAACAGAGAUCUUUCACAUCCUCUGGCGACUCCGGCACGUUAGCGUUCUUUGACGAGUGUGUCAUCAAUGCAGAUAAGCCGGAACCGCUGGUCAAGCUCAGCGUCAAUGACAAAUCUAGUUCAAGCAUGACAGUGGUAGCCACACCACCAGACCUCUCGGGUCUUGAGGACAAAGACUACACGUAUGAGACAUUCACACUUGAUGAGCGUCUGUUCUCAGCACCCAAACCGCCCACCGCCAAUGUACGCACCGUGGCAGAAUCAUCACCGCCAGCGUCUGUAACUACCGAUUCACCAGCACAGUCUGUCUUUCAGCGGACUACGGCCGAGAGGGAAAAGAGCUUGCAGAUGGCAGUGCAAGAUUCGGAAUCUCCACAAGCCUGGGCAAACUAUCUGUAUUCGCAGGUGUUUGCACUGUGGUUCAUACAUCUUCCGGCGUUCGCUCACUGUCAUCCCUUCAAGCGUGAAGCACUCAGCUUAGCGUUCCGGGUGUUUGAGAAAAUGGAUGAGCAGCGUGUUCGCUUACCUGAUGAAGUCUCAUACCGUGUCCUCAUGGAUCUCUGCGCCAAAUUAGGUCAUCCCAUGUUAGCUGUGCGGGUGCUGAUGGAAAUGCGGCGUGUAUCGAUCACUCCGAACGCUGUCACCUACGCACAUUACAACAAGGCGGUGCUGGAGUGUGACUGGCCAAGCAAGGCUCACCUGUGGCGUACACUACGGAACGUCCUCAACGUCAUUGUGCGGCUCAAGCGACUGCUGAAGGAGAAACGUGACGGGCAGGCGGCACUGAACGCACUAGCGUCUGCUGAUGCUGCUAGCAUUGAGAUAGCUAGGAAGAAAUCCAAGGUUCCCGACCUGGGUGUUCGCCGGACUAGUUCAUGUUUCACGCCCGACACACAGCUGCAGCUCAACAUGAGUAGCAGCGUCGGUUGUGACACAUCGCACUCUCCCGUCAGGCGUCAUCGUCGCCAAAGCAGCCUGAGUCUGUCACACGAGGCGGGUGUGAGCGAAGGGACAAUCACGUUGCUGGCACCGAACAGUCAGAACGUUGGUGCUGGUGGUGGCGAGUGGCCGUCAUCAUUCUCUGCCACUCCGUCAAUGGAGAACGUCAGUGGCUGUUCUAGUACUAUGGAAAGCAGUGAGGAGCAGACUAGUGCCCACAGCGGCAGGUCAGUCUUCGGCAGUCCGAAGACGCAUGCCAACCUCGACCUCUCGUCCUCCUCCCUAGGAGGUAGCCGUACGGCGAACUCGUCGCCGACCAAGAUGCGCAAGAACUCCACCGCACACUUGCACAGCACGUUCUCUGCAUUGGCAUCUGGUCUGCGUCAUGUUGGUUCAGCGCGGAACAGUCUGACAAUAGCGUCACAUGUACCUCGUAUGGCCCAUGUUGAACCCGGGACAGAGAUAACGGCAGGUAUACGUAUGUCCUCAUCGGUACGCUGUCACCAAUGUCACUGUGUUCUCUAUGAUGAACAAAUCAUGUCACGGUGGAAAGCGGACGAUUCCAAUCUCAACACAUCGUGUUGUUACUGCGGCAAGUCACUCGUCUCCUUCCUCAUCAUCCAACCAGAGUGCUACGACCAGCGCUUGUCUCUUCCCAACAUUCCGUCUGACCCGACCUCGUCACCGCCCGGGUUAAGCAUCGACUCGUUUGCCGCUGGCCCGACACAGCACGUAUCCGUCGAGAAGCAGUCGUUACCCCAGCUCAGCGUGCCCUUUCUUAGUCCACUGCUGCUGCGUAAGGAGUUUGAAACUCUUCUGGCCAACGACGGAGUGGAUGUGAUGCUGACGUCCAGUUUCGUCGACCAGCAUCCCGUCAUCUACUGGAACCUGUUGUAUUUCUUUGUUCGUCUCAACCUGCCCAUCAAGCUGGCUUCACUCUACGCAGGCUCAAUGCAAGCACAGUCAUGCAACGUUCGACCAGGUUCCGUCUCCGUCCAUCUGGUCUGGCACAUUCCCAUCGAAUCCGACGUGUCACUGCCCUUCUAUCAGCGAUGGCUUAGCCGAGGAAUGCAGCAAAAUGUGAUCCAAAGUCUGGAACGAGAUGAGCUCUCCAGUCAAUUACAGUCCCUGGCAGCUCGGUUACAGUGUGGAGACUACAACGCGCCAAUGGCUGCUAUGCUCAAGGAGAGGCUGACAGCGCGACGUGGCUCAUCAUCCACCGGUACCGGCACUGCUGGUAAAUCUGACCCCACUGUCUUUCGGUCCGUGUACUGGGAGUUGCUCUGUUUUCUGGCAGUUGUACGCGGCACCAGCUUAGAUCUAGGCAAGUUUGAUCGUGAAUACUCCCGUGCUGUCGGUCGUCUGUCCAAAGACAUGUCCGUUGAACUGCGUCAGGAUGAUCAUGGACCCGAUGCGCACGCUCUGGCGUUUCGUUCUCGAUUCGGUGCCAUCAGUAUGUAGGUUGAUGCUCUCGAUGUUGGCCGAUCUGGUGUACGUCCCAGCUCUGGCAAUCUGGUGUACGUCCUAGCUCUGGCGUGCGUGCUAGUGAUGACGCUGGUUCUUCAGCCACGCAGUGUGUGUGCGUGUGUGUGUGUGUGUGUGUGUGUGUGUGUGUUAGUCAUGACAUGGAAUUGUCAUCAAGAUAGCCGUGCUAAUGACAGCAGCACUCCAACACACGUGAGCAGUCUGUCCUGCACAUCACGCCGUCUUCUCCGUAGCGGUGAUGCACGCUCUCUCUCUCUCCACGCCACGGUGAUCAUGAAGACGUUGCUCGAUGGAGAGAGUGUGCACGUCGCGUCAUGUUUCUCGUAUCUGUAACCGGGACUGUGCAACGUCACCUUAGUGUUCUGACUGCCUCCGUGCACACUGCAUGCACAGUGCAUGCGCAGUGCUGGCUGGCGUUGUGGCUUGAUCAGUGUUGUUGUUGUUGUGUUUACUGUCAGCUUGUCUAUGAUGUGUAAGGAAAGUGCCAAUGUCUGAUUACCCUCCAUCGCUUGAGUGCACAUACAUGUAUCCCACCACACGGGGUCUGCUUGUGUUCGUAUGAUAUCGCUUGAGCGUACAUACUAUAUCACACUGCGCCUGAUUGGGUGGUAUAUCACUUGAGCGUGCAUCCUAUGUCACACUGGGUCUGAUUGUGAUCACCCCGGUGUGUCGCAUUCUCACCCCGUCGUGUGAACAUGUUGAUGCUACUAGUACUAGUACUAGUAGAUGCCACACUGUCAGUUCCACUCUGACCAUGGUAGACGCCCUUAAGGACUGGAAUACAGACGCAGUCCGCUGCCAACAAUAUACUAGCUCUUAGCAAGUUGUUUCUUCAGUGUUUAGCCCGUAGCCUGUUGUCACCUUUUGCCUGUGUGUGCCCACAUGCCUAUGAUAAUCAAGUAUCUCUCUAAUGAUAUCGUCCACAGUACCCCAUUAUAGAGAGACGUAGCCCCCCCCCCCCCCCCCCUCACCCUGCUCUUCACUUUGAAACACUGCAGUUGUUUAAAUUUAGCCUUAUUUGGUCGUCGAUUCUAUUUAUGGAGUAUAACCGACCAACCAACAUCCCCGUCGUUUUACGCGGAUUAAUUUUUUUAGUGGUUGUUGAUAGGCGUGGUAAUGCAUGGUCAUGGUUGACUUGUGCGUCUGUCUGUCUCUCUUGCUGUUAGCUACAAUGUGCUCUUUCUCUUGCUCCGGUGCUGCCCAGCCUUCUCUGCGGUCAGUUUUUACGCAGUGUGGACACAAAGAAGGGCUUUUCUUCACUUUUCUGCUACUUUGUCUGGCCUAAUGCUGGCAGCCGUUCGGACGGUACUGACCUUGCAAUGGCUUCGGCCUACCUGCUUUCGCACCCGUACAAACAUGCACACACACACACACACACACACACACACACACACACACACACACACACACACACACACACAAGCACACACACAAGCACACGCACAUGUUUUCUACCACUGCUCAACUUUCUCAUCUUCUGUGUUUUCUCUUGUUUUUCUCUGCUUUUCUCUGUUUUUGGAAGAUGCUGGAUUUUAUUUAUUGCACGCGCACACAGCUGCUUUUAGACACGCAUUUUAAACUUGCUCACUCUGUCCGUGUUGUGAUCCGCUGGCCGGUUCAUGAUAGUCCUGCUGUCUAAGUUCACUUUCUGUCCACGUCCGACAUUGUAUAGGAGCAAUCCUGCUGUUUUAA